UAAAGUUCUCUUUCUCUCUCUCACACACACACUUAAUUAGCUGCACCCUCGAUCAGUACGUAGUCCCUCAUGGAAGCAACACUACAUGCACCCCUCCAGCCUCCAAGUUAUGGAAACCUGGUCACCAUUCUCAGUAUUGAUGGAGGUGGAAUCAGAGGGCUUAUCCCAGGAACUAUCCUUUGUUUCCUCGAGUCUGAGCUCCAGAAGCUGGAUGGUGAAGACGCAAGAAUCGCGGAUUAUUUUGAUGUGAUUGCAGGAACAAGCACGGGCGGUCUUGUGACAGCCAUGCUAACGAGCCCCAAUGAGAAGAAAAGACCUCUGUUUGCUGCCAAGGAUAUUAAAGACUUUUACCUAAAUCACAGUCCUAAAAUCUUUCCACAAUACAAUUUUCCGUUGUUUAAUUAUGCUACAAAGAUUAUCAAAGCUCUUUCCGGACCAAAAUACGAUGGGAAAUAUCUGCAUCGCCUUGUGAAAGAAAAACUUGGAAGCACAAGAUUGCACCAGACAUUGACAAAUGUUGUUAUCCCAACAUUUGACAUCAAGCGACUCCAGCCAACUGUCUUCUCCAGCUUCGAGGUGAAGAAAAACCCAAGCUUAAAUGCGUUGCUUUCAGAUGUAUGCAUUGCCACCUCAGCAGCACCCACUUAUCUUCCAGCUCAUUACUUUGAAACCAAAGACUCCGAAGGGAAAGUGAGAGAGUUUAACCUUAUAGACGGUGGCAUCGCUGCAAAUAAUCCAGCUUUACUUGCUAUUGGCGAAGUAACAAAGGAGGUGACUAGAGGAAGCCCUCACUUCUUUCCUAUAAAACCGAUGGAUUAUGGACGAUUUCUGGUGAUUUCAAUCGGAACAGGAUCUUCCAAAGCUGAAGAGAAAUACAAUGCGCACGAGGCAGCCAAGUGGGGUAUCUUAAAUUGGUUAACUAGUAAUGGUUCCACCCCAAUAGUUGACGUUUUUUCUCAAGCAAGUGCAGAUAUGGUGGACUUCCACCUUUCUGAGGUUUUCCGAGCCCUUCGCUCUGAGAAAAGCUACCUCCGAAUUCAGGAUGACAAAUUAAGUGGGAAAGUAUCAUCCGUAGAUAUAGCCACAAAGAAGAACUUGGACGAUCUUGUUGAAGUUGGUGAUGAAUUGCUUAAGAAACCAGUUUCUUGGGUAAAUUUGGACACUGGCCUUAACGAUUGCACUUCUGGUCAAGAGACUAAUGAAGAGGCUCUCAUAAGGUUUGCGAGACUACUCUCCCAAGAGAAACGGCUUCGCCAUGCUAAGUCUCCCCACGUAAAUGCUGCAAAAUGAUCCAUAUAUGAUAUCAAAAUGAAGCAGUUGGAUUCUUUUAAACUGAUAUCAAAAUAAAUUAUUUUUAUCGAAUGGGGCUUGGACAAAUUGUAGCCUAUUUCAAGGCAUUGUUUGGCAUUAAUUCA